AAAAGGAAAUUUUUUAUUUGUGGAUAUCAUUCUAAGCGGCGGUGUGAAGACUUGACAGAAAAGUCAGAUCUCACAAACCCUCAACCUUACCCUAUAAAUACUUAACUGUGUGGCCAUUUUGACGUACAAGAAAAUUAGACAAUGAAUAGGAAAUUCGAAAAGAUGGAGCAAGAUGGUAAUCAUGGUGGAAAGAAAAAGGGAGGGCUCAUCACAAUGCCCUUCAUCUUUGCUAAUGACAUUUGUGAGAAGUUGGCUGUGGUGGGUUUCACUACGAACAUGAUAAGCUACUUGACCACAGAGCUUCAUAUGCCAUUAACCAAAGCUGCUAACACUAUCACUAACUUUAGUGGAACUUCAAGCCUGACACCAUUGCUUGGUGCCUUCAUUGCUGAUGCUUUUGCCGGAAAGUUUUGGACUAUCACCAUAGCUUCCAUUUUGUACCAGAUAGGGUUGAUUUGUUUGACAUUAACAACCGUACUUCCACAAGCAAGACCACCUCCUUGCAAAGGUGAAGAGGUAUGCCAGGAAGCUAGCGGGGGAAUGCUGGCAGUGCUGUACAUCUCACUCCUACUCGCGUCACUCGGGUCGGGUGGGAUCCGACCCUGUGUGGUCGCAUUUGGAGCUGACCAGUUUGAUCCAACAAAAACAUGGUCUUAUUUUAAUUGGUACUACUUUGUGACAGGCGCGGCUACGCUUGUGGCCGUGACUGUUAUUGUUUACAUUCAAGAUAACUUAGGAUGGGGGUUAGGCCUCGGAAUCCCUGCCAUUGCAAUGUUCCUCUCAAUCGCUGCCUUCAUUGUUGGAUAUCCACUUUAUCGGAACUUGAACCCAGAUGGGAGCCCAUUUACCCGACUCAUUCAAGUAGCUGUGGCUGCAUUUCGUAAGAGGAAGAUACCAGAUGUAUCCGACUCAAAGUUGCUGUACCAAAAUGAUGAACUCGAUGCCUCUAUUUCCUUGGGUGGGAUGCUUGUCCAUAGUGAACAGAUGAAAUUUUUGGACAAGGCAGCAAUUGUGACAAUAGAAGACAACUGCGAAAUACCCAACAAAUGGAGGCUAAAUACAGUUCACAGAGUGGAGGAACUCAAGUCCAUAAUCAGAAUGGGACCGAUAUGGGCUGCAGGCAUCCUUCUCAUCACAGCCUAUUCCCAACAAAGCACAUUCUCCAUUCAACAAGCCAAAACCAUGGACCGGCAUGUCACCAAGUCCUUCCAAAUACCAGCAGGCUCCAUGACCGUUUUCACGUACCUCACCAUGCUCACCGCCACUGUCUUCUACGACCGAGUCUUCGUUCGUGUUGCCCGCAGGUUCACCGGGCUUGACCGGGGUAUCAGCUUCCUCCACCGCAUGGGAAUUGGAUUUGUGAUCUCAAUCUUUGCCACCUUUGUUGCUGGUUUCAUUGAAAUGAAGCGAAAGAAUGUAGCUUUAGCCCAUGGGCUUCUUGAACACUCCCAUGAAACAAUCCCAAUCUCAGUGUUCUGGCUUGUGCCACAGUUCAGCCUUCAUGGCUUAGCAGAGGCCUUCAUGUCCAUUGGGCACCUUGAGUUUUUUUAUGACCAGGCCCCAGAGAGCAUGACCAGCACUGCAAUGGCACUUUUUUGGGCUUCAAUUUCUCUUGGAAACUAUGGCAGCACAUUUUUGGUUUCCUUGGUCCACAAGUUCACUGCAGGGCCUAAUGGCUCAAACUGGCUCCCUGAUAAUAACCUCAACAAGGGGAGGUUGGAGUACUUUUACUGGCUCAUCACACUUCUGCAGAUUAUCAACCUUAUUUACUACUUGAUUUGCGCGAAAUUGUACACCUACAAGCAAACUCAGGUCCAUGACAAAGGGGAUAGCAGCUCUGAAGAGAAACUUAUUGAACUUGCUACUGCAGACAGAGUUUAAAUCCAAUUUUAUAAGGAUUUAGUUUUUUAGAUUAUUAGUUCUCACCUUUUUCGAGGACCAAGUACGUAGAAGGUAGAGACCAUGUCUUUAUCUCUAAAUAGUAGAAGGAUUGUAUCUAUUAGCUUUUAUCUUAGCUUAAUGUUUCUAUGAAUAAUGAUUGUCACUAUGAAGAUAAUCGAAGUAAUCAAGCUGAAGGGUCAAAGCUUUUUAUUUUGGCCACCUUAUAUUAACAGAA